ACAUAUCGAAUCAUCUCGUUGCUUUUAAAUCUUUCACCAAUAGCGAGCAAUGAAUAGAAGAACAACGUACAAAAUAGUGCCAUUAUCUCUAUCCUUAUCUUCUGAGUAUGUAUCUUGUUUUACCUGAAUACAAUGAAAGUGCGCAACGUUCAGUGGGUGGGGGCAUUAUAUGAGAAAGAGAGAAAACAAGAGGGAGAGAAAUUGUUCGUCUUGAAAGCCGUCAUGGCUGAUUCAUCGUGAGUGACUCUUUCAGGAGUACGAUAACAAAUGACAUUGUGAUUGAAUCAUUAAGUGUAAGAAGUACAGUGCAUGGAAUUAUUUUUGAAUCAAAGCGAUAAUCUCGAUGUGGAAAUUCCACGAAGAAACGUGAUAAACGGCGUUUUCGCGUGCGCGUAACUUCCCCGUGGAACGAUGAACGGGUUAAGUUUUAGUGAAUUGUGUUGCUUGUUUUGCUGUCCGCCUUGCCCGUCCAGAAUCGCUGCAAAACUAGCGUUUCUACCUCCUGAACCUACGUAUGCGUUUAUUGAAGAUGAAGGUUCCAAAGUUACAAUUUCUUUAUCCGAAAGAGCAGAAUGGCAAUAUACAGAAAGGGAGAAAGAAUCGGUAGAAGGUUUCUAUGCAAGAACGUCACGAGGAAAUCGAAUAGCCUGUUUAUUUGUACGGUGUUCAGCUACUGCACGUUUUACGAUUUUAUAUUCCCAUGGAAAUGCAGUCGAUUUGGGACAGAUGUCUAGUUUUUAUUUAGGACUUGGAUCGAGAAUAAAUUGUAACAUAUUUAGUUAUGAUUAUUCGGGUUAUGGAGUUUCUGGUGGUAAACCGUCAGAAAAGAAUCUUUAUGCGGAUAUAGAUGCUGCGUGGCAUGCUCUUAGAACACGUUACGGUAUUAGCCCGGAAAACAUCAUUCUAUAUGGUCAAAGCAUCGGGACUGUACCCACAGUCGAUCUGGCCGCGCGAUAUGAGGUUGGCGCAGUUGUUCUGCAUUCACCUUUAAUGUCGGGAAUGCGAGUUGCUUUUCCUAAUACCAAAAGAACUUGGUUCUUUGACGCGUUCCCGAGUAUAGAUAAAGUACCAAAAGUGACAUCUCCUGUUUUGGUAAUUCAUGGAACUGAAGAUGAUGUAAUAAAUUUCAAUCAUGGUUUAGCAAUUUAUGAGAGAUGUCCAAGAGCAGUAGAACCAUUAUGGGUUGAGGGUGCUGGUCAUAAUGAUGUAGAAUUAUAUGAUCAAUAUUUAGAGCGAUUGAAGCAAUUUGUAAGUGUAGAACUGAUAAACUGACGGCGACUAAGCCUCUCCCAGAAUCAGGGGGGGCAGGGAGGAGGACAUACACAUGUGAGCAGUCAAGGACACACCACUUCUAAUAAUUCAAACACUACCAGUUCUAUUUCAACAAGCUCACAGACUGAAAAGCUUGUCUAGCAAUCGCCUUCCACAGGGGAGAAGGCACCUGUCCUCCCCUGUGAUGAAGAAUCAUCUUUCGUUUCUAUAGAUGAUGGAUUCUUUUUUCGUGAUCAACAGAUGGAUAUUAAUCAGAAAAUUCAUCAUAAAAAUUCUUUAAAGGAAACAUGUUCUGAGGAUGAUGACUCAAGUUUAGAUAGUAAUUCAAAAAAAGCUAUUCAACAAGAUGAAAAAAAUAUGAAAGAAGAAGAAUUGAUAACAAAUAUUCAAGAUAAGAAACAUAAUAAAACAAUAUUGGAAGGUACUUCUAUUCGCCAUAACUUUCGAUUAAAUCAUAUUAGUCAAGUUGCAAAAAAACAUAUUCUUUGCCAAAAAAUAUAAAAAAUCCAUUUACUAAAAGUCAAAAGAAUAUUGUCCAUAGGACUUUAAAAAAUUCAUUUGGUCAAGGUCAUAAGAAAGCUGAUAUACAAAUAUCUCAUACAACUUUAGUUGACAUACAGGUUGAAGACUGCCGACAA